AUGAGGCAGAUGAGUCCAGAGUUCAUGUUCAGUCUGAGGACCACUGUCUCACCAACAGGCGCGUCAAAGUUGCACCGAGACAGGAAACUGGAAGGAAGCCUUCAGCAUACUGCAGAAAUCAUGCAUCUAUUUGUUCCACCACAGGCGGGUCCCGUAUCUUUGUCUUCAAUCAAUGAAAUUCUUUCUCUCGGAGAAAAAAAGCUCGUGGAACUAAGCAUUAGAAACCCGUACCCGUACGAUGGACAGUUGAUUGUGACGGUCGACUCGGGAGAAGUUAGCCCGCCGGCCAAGGCCCAGACAGCGAGUUUCAACAACCACGGAGGUCUAGAAAAAGCGGAUCUCACCAGUGAGGAUUUGGUCGUAUUGCUGCAACGGGAGAAGGUGGAAGAGGAAAGAAGAGCGUCCAAAGAGAGAAAGAAAAGCGAGAGAGAAGACACCCAGGGCGGGGGUCAGGAUGAAACAACCGACGAGGACUGGCAUUCUGCUUUCGUGGUCACCCCCGCUUCUCCAACAAAUCGUAGGCAAGAUGGAGAAAAGGAACGGCCCCUUCCGACGUCAGGUGCAAGUCUCAACUAUUCUCCAUUCCGUCCUUUCUCUUCGGCCGCAUCUUUCUCGCGAGCGAAUUCUCCGUAUAACUCUGACCCGUCGUCGGGCUCUCCAUGGUCCGUAGAAGACGAUUCCUACGCCGAUUCUUCGCCCUUUUCCCCUUUCCCCUCUCCGAGGCGCAGGGCGCGCGCGAACAAAAGUAUCCCGGAAGAUGAAGACGUUGAAGGAAAAGAAGUGUCGACGAAAGAAGAGGACGCCAGUGAAGAUAUAGAGCAUACAGAAGAAGACGAAGCGAAGGAAGAAGGGGAACAAGAACCUGAGUGCGAAACAGAUGAGGACGCCGAGGAGUCGCUCUGCACAGAAGACGGGUACUCAAGCGACACACAGAGCUCGGCGCCGGUGCGCCAAACGCAAAAACGAAGUACAAACGCGGACAAUGACGGGACACGCUGGGCUGUUCGUGAACGGGGGAGUGGUAGUCCGGGGGAUCUUGGUUCUUUGUCGUCUCCGAAGAAGUACUCAGGGCCGCCGGUUUCUCCAGCCCGACCGGAUCUCCCGCCGCGCCUGGUCAUUAAAUUAAAAGAGGGCUCUCGUGCGCUAGAAUUUGAAAGGAGAACGAGAGAGUUUCAACGGCAAAAAUGGGUAGACCAGGGAUUCGUGGAGCCAAAUGCAUACGGCGACACCAAUGCAGCUGCUGGAAUUAGUGUUACUGUGGAUGACCCGUACGAAAUCCAAAAACAUUUGAUAGGAUUCUUCUCCUUUAACGAACAACAGGCGGAACUCGUGUCGAGUCUGAGCCACCUGAAACAGCUGGAUUUGCUGGUUCUCGACAUCGAGGAGCCGCGAGUCCGUUACUCGUCAGAAACCGCGAAACUGAAAGACGCUUUCGCACAGGUUUCCGACGUCGACUUCGUGGAAUUCGACGAAGUCGUCUACGCCCUGGACAUCAUCCCGAACGACCAGCUGUUCAGCCUCCAGUGGAACCUCUUUUAUCCGCGGAACCGAAUGGUUGAUGUGAACGCGCCGCAGGCCUGGGAAGUCGUCGACCAGGUGCUGCAAGAGAGAAGAGAGCACGGAGAAAUGGGCAGAGAAGACGAAGAUUGGCAGGGGCGAGUUGUGGCGGUAAUCGACACCGGCGUCAAUUACCUUCAUCCCGAUCUAAAGAACCAAAUGUGGGUCAACACCAAGGAACUCUACGGUGUCCCUGGAGUCGAUGACGACGGCAAUGGGUACGUCGACGACAUCUACGGUUACGACUUCGUCAACGACCACGGAGACCCUAUGGACCGCGACGGCCACGGAACGCACUGCGCCGGAAUCAUUGGAGCUCAGGCAAACAACGGACUGGGGAUUGCGGGAAUCAACUCGCGAACCCGCAUCAUGGCUCUGAAAUUCAUGGAGGGAGAAACCGGUUAUGUGUCAGAUGCGGCGCGGUCGUUGGACUACGCGAUUCAGAACGGGGCGUCAAUCAGCUCAAAUUCUUGGGGGAAUGCGUCUCGGCUGCCGCGCACGAUGAUUGAGGCCGUCCACCGGUCUGCAGAGAAGAACAUGCUUUUUGUGACAGCGUCUGGCAACGCGAGCGGAAUGGAUUCUCCGGCCUCUGGAGGCUUCGAGAAACGCGACGAAAACCGACUGGGGCGCGAUCUCGACGAGGCGCCGCUCUAUCCGGCAGCUCUUUCCAACAGCAACGUCUUGACAGUUGGUGCAGUAGGGCAGGGCGGCGAGCUCGCGUCCUUCUCGCAUUUCGGAAAGAGAACGGUCGAUCUCGCCGCUCCAGGCAUGAACAUCUUCAGCACUUGGUUGCUGGACUCGUACGAAUACAAAGACGGGACAUCCCAGGCCUGUCCGCUCGUCGCGGGAGUUGCUUCCCUCUUGUGGACGAUGAAGCCUGAAGCCAGCUUUGAAGAAAUUCGCAGAAUCCUCGUCGCCUCCUCCAAACGUCUGCCCACGAUUCAACAAACCAUUGCUCACGGGCUGGUUGACGCUUACGCUGCCGUCAUGACACUGAAGGAUACACUCGGCCAAUGGAUCGCAGUGAACGCUCCAUCCACGCUGCCACAGCACAGCACAGCGAAGGUUUCCGUGGAUAUUCGGGGCAAGCAAAACGGCUUCUAUCGGUCACAGCUUCGGCUGUUGGCGAACUACCAAGGAACUCCGAUCACCCUGGCGACUGUGCCGAUUCGCCUGCAAGUUGCCGAGUCCCCGAUCCUCGAAUUCCCUCCGAUGCUGGUUCUAGAUCCCGUCGUGAGAAACCUAAACUCGCUUCCUGUCGUCCUUCCGGUUCGUGUCCCCGUCGAUCAGGGCCCUGUACUCCUCAAAGUCGUGAAGAUCGACGCCACAACGCCCUCGACCUUCUUCCACCUCGCUUCCGGCGACGAAAUCAGGAUUGAGAAGACAAGGCCACUCUCUCCCAUCAAGGUCGGCUGUCGCAUGUCUUCUCUCGGCACAGAAGACGGCAUUCUCACUUUGCGUGCCCGCCUGGACAACGACACUGCUCCGUCCUCUCCCCCAGUCCAGCGUACGUACACCGUGCGGCUUCGGUGCGUGGCCAUUGACGUGCGCGUCGAGCCGGCCUUCCUGGAUCUGGCGGUGCCUGCAAACAGCGCGCGAAAACAGGAACUUCUGAUAGAGAAAGGGGAGCGUCUUGUUCAGCGGGAAGUUCGAUACUCUGUCGAAUUCAUCUCGCUGCUGGGAAACCGGGACGCCGGCGAAGAAGAGACUGGCCAGAUGCCCGGAAUUCCGAAGGAACCCGGUUUCGAGCGACUCCGGGGAUCCUCUGAGUCGGGUUUCGACACCUCCAGCGGUUCGCCUUCUGACAGAAACUCGCGCUUUCCCCCGAAUGACUACGAGAGAAAACGCGAGUGGGAAAGAACUGCCGGAAGAGGAAGAUGGAAUGGUGAGAAAGGCGAAAAUGAGGCGACCGGAAGCUCAGACACUUAUGCGUACCUCGUCAGUGGAGCAGAACCACCACCUGGUCUCCCUCCUGUGAAAUACCAAUGGAAUGACAUCAGCUUGUCAGGCCAGCCGCUCUUCGGCGCGGGGCGUCUCACGCGCCUGCGGCGGGUGACUCUCUCGUUCGAUUUCCCUUUCUGGGGGUCGUCGUUUCGGCAGCUCUUUGUCUCUCCCACGGGGUUCGCGUCCGUGGAAAACCCGCCAGGAAUGGAUCUCUUCAGAGCGCCCGGGAUGCCGGAUCAAGAGGCGCCGAAUGGGGUUCUCGCGCCGCUGUGGAUGGAUUUCCCGCCUGCGGACGCGCCGAACUCGAACGUCUUCUUCCAGACGUGGCAAGACCGCGCAAUCGUCCAGUGGGAAAACGUCCACUUGCGAAAACGCUCCUUUCAGCGCUCAGGCACCCCCACACCGGGGACGACUUUCCAGCUCGUGCUGCACUCGAGCGGCCGCAUUCUCUUCUACUACAAAACCGUGACUCCCACCUACACGCCUAGAGACUGGGCAGCCGCAGUGAUGGGAAUCGAGAGUCUCGACGGUCUCGCGGCCACGAAGAUCCUCGAGGGCGGUCCCCAGUCGGCGACGGCCGUGCUUCUCUACCCACAGUCGAUGCUGUCUUCUCGCGCGUCUUCUCUCGGGUCUUCUGGGCUGCGAAGGGAGGCUUCGUCCCGUGGCCCACUAACUUUCGUCGUUUCUUCUCGCGCCUCUGCGGAGCGGAACUUGCAGCUCCAGCACGAGUCAGGCGUCAUGGAGUUUACUUCUUCCCACGCGCGCGUCUCAUUCAACGUCGACACAAAGGGGUACAAGGCGGGGGACUCUGUACUCGGGUACUUCAUCAUUACCGCCAUGUACCUUGACGCGUCCUUGAACAAAGUGGCGGGUUCGGGUGUCGUCUUCCUAUCGAUCAAGGUGGAGACGCCCGAGGAAUUAGCGCCUGGACCGUCGAGCCUCGGGACGGGGAGGGCCGCACACGGGCGAGGCGGAAUCGGGGACGCGACGCAGUGCCCGAUUUCCGACGCCCUUGACGAAGAGAAAUGGCGAGCCCUCUUGGACGCGUUCGUGCGCCUCCCACAAGCGACGCUCUUUGGCGCUGGAGAGAUCGGGAAGCCUGUCCGCGUCUCUCUCGGCCAGUGUGCAGUGAUGUGCCUGGAGGAUACCGCCUGCCACCGCUUCAGCUUCAACUGGAUAAAGACGGAGUGUGUGAGGUACCUUGGAGACGAUGACGCAAAAUGGAGACCAAUCAGUCCCGCCGCGACUCAGCAAAGACACGGCGACACCCUCAGCCCCAAAGACGCGGAAGGCAGACACAGGAACCCCGUUGUUCAGACUGUCGUGGACAGCUGGACAGAUCUUUUUGAGCGCCGAGAUCAGGCGAAUAGGCACCCUUUCGCGCCGCAGCCGCCGCAACCGCCGCAGCCGCCGCAACCGCCGCAGCCGCCUCAGCCGCCUCAGCCGCUUUCGUUCUACCCUUACGGCCCCAUGCCUCCUCCGUACAUGCCUGGCCCGCCUCCUGCGUUGCCCUACGCCCCUGCGUCGCCCUACGCUCCUGCGUCGCCUGCGUAUCCGCCGCUGCCGCCUGGGUUGGGACCUCCCGCCACGCCUCCUGGACGCCUGCAACCUCCAGAGAUGCCUCGCCAAGCCGCUUCUCCAUAUCCACUGCCUCCGGCAGAGGAACCCAAACAGGGUUCCGUCACUUCCUCGUCUUCUGCUUCUCCUUCUCACUCUGCAUCUGCUUCUUCUACCUCCUCGCCUUCUCCCUCUUUGCCGGCGCCGCCCUCUCCUUCGCCCCCUUCGGCCCCUUCGCCCUCUCCUCCCGGUGAAGGGAGCGGCAGGAGUGAAUCGCGAUCGCAGAAGCAAGAUGGCGACCCAGAGACGCCUCGGCCCGCAUUUGAAGAAGCGCCGAAACCGCCUCCCCCCCCCGGCAGCAAUCGCCCCCCGCCAAGGCCUGUGCCCGCACCGAGGCUUCCUCCAGGACGAGCGCCUUAUCCGCCUCCUCCAUUCGCUCAGCGUCGCCCGCCCGUGUCUUCGCCCAUGCCUCGGCCGCCUCGGCCUGGAGUGCAAGACGGCUCGCCGCCUGGACCGUACCCUCCCGGUGCGCCUCCGUUUCCUCCGCAGCCGUACGGCUACCCGCCUCCGGGGCCUCCACCAGCGGAGGCGUAUCCGCCUUACCUUCCUCCCUACUAUCCUCCGUCGCCCUAUUUCUUGCCUCCUCCACCUUCUCCCGCAGGCUACGGCAAUCCUCCGCAGCCUGCGCUUUCCCCCGGAGGCGACGCGUAG